AUGAGGGCUCGCCAUUCCAGAAGUCAAGGUCUCGUGGUCCAAGGUGUCCAAACAGGAGCUGUCUGGACUUCCCACUUCUCCUCCGCACUCAACUCGACUUUUUCUGCAUUUUCGCUGCGUGACUCCAACUUCACCUUCACUUCUCAAUCCGCCUCAGGCUUGAACCACAAUUUUCUUUCACUCACCCACCCCUCCGCCCGUCACUUAUCGGCUGGGAUAACGAAGCCUCCAGUCUUGCAGUCACAUCAGCGUAAUCCUCACGCGGCCAAAGUCCCCUCCAGAACGCCAUUUCUUGCACAAACUACCCCGCAAGGACUGCUUCGACUCCGUCAACACCACCCAGGAAGAUAUCCUUCUACAGUAUCACAUCAGGCGAAGCCGCAGACACGGCAGGAGAACAAUACCACUGAGUUGACUGCAUCGCAACCUGCAAAGAGCAGCUCGCAGGCAGACGCGACUGUGAUUCACAGUCCCCCACCAUCAUCACCAUCGAAGAGUCAUAAGUCAGAGACCUCUGCGACUCUUAUUCCACCUCACACCCUUCCCUCCUCUUCGAGUGUCAUUCAAAUGCCGACCGAAACCACAUCUUCCGCGCCCGCUCAGCACAAACCCCUCGUUGUCGGCCGGACGAAACCUCAGAGCCCCACGAGCACAGCAGACAUGGAUUCCUCCAGUACAAGUAAGGCUAACGACCAAGCAAUCCCCACCGAAGUGAAGGAGGCCCUCAACCAGGAAAUUUCCAAGAACGUCGAAUCCAACACCACAUCUGCCGCACCUGCCGAAGAAGCAACACCACAGCAAUCGACGCAGGCGGCGGGCAAGAAGAAAGAAAAAGCCCCCAAACAGCCCAAAGCACCCAAAGCCGCAGCUGCACCACCAGCACCUCUGUCGCCCGCCCUCAUCGACCUCCGCGUCGGCCACAUCCUGCGCGCCAUCGCCCACCCCAAUGCCGACAGCCUGUAUGUGUCGACGAUCGCAAUGGGGGACGCCGAAGGCACGGAGCACACACAGGUCGACGAGGAGACAGGAAAGGUGGUGCGGACAGUAUGUUCGGGGCUCAACGGGCUCGUGCCGCUGGCCGAGAUGCAAGACCGCAAGAUCGUCGUGGUUGCGAACCUCAAGCCCGUCAACAUGCGCAGCAUCAAGUCCGCCGCGAUGGUGCUGGCCGCGAGCCCCAAGCAGGAGGAGGGCGCCGACCCGCAUGCCCCGGACCGAGUCGUCGAGCUCGUCAACCCGCCCGAGGGCUCCGAGGCCGGCGACAAAGUGUAUUUCGAGGGCUGGGAGUACGGCGAGGGAAAGGGCCCGGAGAAGGUGUUGAAUCCCAAGAAGAAGCAGUGGGAGGCCAUCCAGCCGGGGUUCUUCACUGGUGAGGAUCUCACCGUUGGUUUUGAUGCCGGAAAUACGGAGGUCGACGGCGACAGGAAGGGUACGCUCGUCGUCGAGGGCAAGGGCAAGUGUACGGUCAAGACUCUGAAGGGCGCCGUUGUUAGGUGA